AAUUUGAGUAACUAAGGCUGUAUUAGUUGGGUUCAGCUCGUUUGACAGUUGCAGCUAAAUUUACUGUUCAACUCAGUUUCAUUCAAGCUCGUAAACAAUGAGCUCUAUAGACGAAAUCAGCCCAAAAUUGAUUAGUUCGACUGUACAGCUAACCCUCCACGAUGCUCAACCAAGCCAAGCCGAUCUGCUUCCACCGGAGCUGUGGGAGUUGAUAUUCCGGCCGCUGUCUGCAGCGGAACUGCUUCCCAUUCGGCGAACCUGCCGUCGUUGGCUGGACAUUGUGACCAACAGUCCAGCCCUGCUCGCCAAGUUCUCAAUUCGGAUCGAGGGCAGCUUGGUGCUGAAUCGAACCGUAGAUCUGUCAAAUGUUCUUCCUGCGGCGAAGGUGUACAUCGGAGGAAUUAGGAUAACCGAGCUGGACAGCUGGUGGCCGGGCCUGGCUGAACGCUUGGUCGCGCUCACGCUGGACAACUGCGAGCUAACGCUGGCAACGUUGAGUGCGAUGCUGGCGCAGACAUCGAGCCUGCAAAAGUUGAAACUCAACAGUAUCAGCUCGUUUGAAAGUUGCGAGCUUGAAGAGGUCAACUUUCGACUGGACAAAUUGGAGAAGCUUGCGGUUGGUUGGGUUAACUACGAGGGCAUUCUGGAGUUUUGCAUUAAGCUAUGUGGUCCCCGUUUGAAAACAUUCCACGUCCAUGGCAUUUUGAUGGAGGAACAGAUGGAACGUAGAAUCAUUCAGUUCAUGGAGGCUGCCCAGGACUCGCUGGAAUACAUCGCACUGUGUCCCACCGGAAGACUGCUGGAGAAAAUAUCAACUUUGAAACGGCUGAAGCUGAAGCGCAUUCAGUUUGGAAAAUGCGACUUUUCCACAGAUCAGUUGGUUGAGUUCUGUCGAACGAAUCCCACCAUUGAGUACGUUCAAAUCCUAGAGUUGAGUCUCUCGUCUGAGACACUGAACGUAAUCGGAUCGCAUCUACCCGCGCUGCGUCGACUCUGGGUGACGUGCAAGCAGGAACGAACGAUUGUUCCCACGUUUCUUCGCCACAUGAAGGGUUUGAAGUUUCUCUUCCUGUACGGCACGUACUACACAGAUCAAACGCUGGAUUUUACCGGAUACGAAGCACCCUUCCUCGAAGAACUGUCCAUAUUUAGGAUUGCGACGGUGCAGUCUGGAUUGAGGCAGUUUUUGCAAAAAUCUAGAAAGAUUCGAUACCUAACAAUUGAAAACGGAAAAUCAACUCGAUGGCCGGAUGUUUUCAACAUGGUAGAACCGUUGGAAAACCUUCAAGAGUUGGUACUAUUUUUCAUCGAAAUUGAUGAAACUAAUGAUGAAAGUGAAAAGUGUCCGCGGAAACAGUUUGAUAGCUUGAAGUCGUUGACAAUGAGUCAUUGUAAAAUUCCAAAUUACAUUCUUUUUAAGUGGAUUGGCCAAUGUUCAAAGCUUGAGGAAUUGUGGUUAACGGCAUUAGAUAAUGUAGACGAUGCGGUCAUGUUAACUAUACUAAAAGGUUUGCCCAAAUUGAGGGUAUUGAAGGUAGCUGCUUGUGACGAUUCUGCCGUGUCGGCGAAUGUCACGAAAGAGUGUUGUGAUAGAGGAAUUAAACUGGGGUAUGAUAUUUAUGCAUGAGAAUUUUUAGAGAAACAAUUCGGAAUAACUUAUCACAGUAUUGAAAAAUCUAGAACUCGUUUUUUCUUGAUAAGGGAAAUAUACCCAUUUUAAGGCUAAUAAGUGGUCGUGUUUGAAUGAUGCUGGAUAAUCUGGAGUGUUCCUUGAAAUUUACUAAAACCAAGUACACCAACGAGUAGAGCAACUUGUUUUUUUUUUUUUUUUUUUUGGGAGGGUGGUCCAGCCGCACAUCGUUGAUGUUGAAACCUCUAAACUGGGCCCUCGUCCUGUCACGUCCGUCAGUAGUCUUGUCGUACAUUACAACUAGAAUCAGAUCUGCCAAUGAAUUAGUACACUUCGACCAAAUAAACACUGACGCUGUAUGGAUCUGACUCUAGAAUAAAUGCACAGUUGUGUGUUAUUCAUAAGUCCAACUUAUUCAAUUAUUCAUUUAAGUCCAAAUAUUCAUUUGCUAACUACUUUGGAUUGAAAAUCUAAAUUUAAAUCUAAAAUCCUCUAAACUUAAUGUUCAAAAAUAAACGUUCCUUUAACUGUUGUAGUACUACUUCUAUCAAAAAAAAAAACAAUGAAAAUUUGUGAACUGAUAUACAAAUAGGAUAGAAAUCGCGAUUUGAAAAAGAGAAAUGACCAUUUUCGUCAAAAAAUCCGUAGUUCCUCAAUUCGCAACAAUGAUCGAUACAAACAUAAUCCGAAAACCGUUAGUUCAACAGAUCAACGAAUUUUGUCCGAUAUCAUUACAUUAUUGAUUAAUCGAGAUUCUAUGGAAAUUUUGACAAAAAAGAAUGCCUUUAUUGUUUAUUGACAGCAUUACUCUAGCUUAAAAAAUGCAACUAACUUUAACUUCAAAUAGAUUUGGAAAGGAUUCAGAUUUAUUUUAAAUGCUAAUGCUAAGCAACAACACAAUUGUACUAUCCUGAAGACUCAACCCAAAACCCACAUUGUGAUAGUGAAAAAGUCACAGAAGCAGCAGUGUCUUGUGCAAUUGUGAUAUUUUCACUAUCGGAGAACUACCUGGUUCACGAAGACAGUUUAACGGUCAACGCUUAAGCCCUGGGGCUGCGGCAAAGCGAGUUCUCGUAGCAUGAAAUGGUGUCCAUAGUGGCUAUAAAAAAGAAUGUAUAUCCAAAUUUUAACAAAUGCACUAGGAUCAAAUCAUGCCCCUUGACUUUACAAGGCCCAGGGACCAACGAGUAGAGCAACUUGUUGUGAACAUUUCUUUUCAUAUUUUCACUUUUAUUAAAAGUUAUACCAUUCAUUUUACAAGCAUUUAAAAAAAAAGUUUCUCAAAUGCAUUCUAAUCAGUCGAGUGAAUUGGCCCAAGCCCCUUUCCUAUUUUCAGCUUAGAUCUUUUUUUUCUUCCAGCGCUCUGUUGGGUCUGCUUAGUGCAGGGUGGCCACCAGAUUUGGAUUUUGAAUUUCCCGGUUUUUUCCCGGUUUUCUCCCGAGGCCAAAAGGAAUUAUUCCAUAUAGUUUUAAAUGAAAUUACAAUGUUUUUUAUAGACUGACGACUGACAAUAUUUUUAUUUCUCAAGAAAGCUUUCAAAUUGAGUACAAAAAGUAAGAAGCCAUUUUUAACAGUUUUUAGUCCAAAUCCUAAAUUUCCAUAAUGCUUGUGAUUUUUCAUCUUCAUGCUCCACAAUUUUUCUAAACUUAAAAUCAAUAAAACAUCGUUUUGUAUUAAAUAUAAGAAUUACAUAAAUUAUUACUGGAAAGCAGGAAAUAGCAUUUACAAUGUUGGGUAUGAGUAUGGGUACAAAAUAUUUGCAAAAAGAACAACAUUUAUGCAAAUACUCUUCAGUUUUCUUUGAAAAAGCUUUUGUAAAUUCAAGAAGAACGAUUCUUCCAGAGAAAAAGUGCCAUAUAUUUAAACAAACGGUAACUUAAAACAUUUUUUGCUGAUCUAGAAAAAAUGUAACUGUCAAAAAAAAACCCUCUGAGUUGGCCUGUACUUCAACCCCUCAUCGCGACUCCCAGAUCGCGCAAACAUAAACAUAAUUCUCGAUACAUCCUUUGUAUGAGCCGUGCCAAAUUUAUUGAAAAAAAAAAAAAAGAAAAAAUAAACAUGUUUGGAUGUUUUUCAAUUUUGGAGUAACACAGAAUGGUAAAAAAUAAAUUGACCGUGCUGCAAUUUUCUGAACAACACAACCGAAACAGUCAAAAUUCAGUUAAUCUUUUUUUUAACGGAACUUUCAGAUGUAUGUAUGUAUGUAUGUAUGAUCCCCAUACCCGCAGGCAACUUGGUCCCGAAACACAUGUGAGCGCUAGGUGAACAAUUCGAUCAUCUUUUACUCCAUAAUCUGUACACCCACGUGCAUAAGUUUUUUUGCACGAAUUUUAAUACUACAAAUACCGGCGCGUAGAUCAAAAUGGUUUCCCACUUCCCUCCCCAAGCGCCGGAAAUUUGUAGCGGGUGUAGGGACACUUCGCAUAGACGCCCUUGCUCCCAUCACGUCACUGAGGGUAUGGAGCGACGAGAAAUUAAUAAGCAUGCCCCCCCAGUCGAACCUUCAUUAGAGAAGCAGGCAAUCCACAACUCACAGCGAACGACCGAGGGAACACCCUACCGCGUAUAUAAUAAGAUUGGCGUGGUAUGUCUUCAAUGAUUUGUAAAUAUGUCAGAAUGAAUGAAAGAGUUGCCUGUAUUAAAAAGGAAAGGUCUCACCAAACAACGGAGUCUUCAGAAAAUUUUCAUCUCUUCAAUUUUGAUGACAAUGGAAAAACAUUGAAAAGCUUCAAUCUUGAGUUGCUCCGAUUCUCCGUCCGCAGUAUUUUUCACGCAGUCCCUCCGAGAUGUUCCUGUCAGACAGCUCCAAGCGCUUGUACACGUUGGUCAGCUUCUACUGGGCCUCCUCAAGGGUCGAGACGAUCUUGGACCAGAACUUGAUGGCUAUCGGCAUCCGGCAGAAAGUUGCUCCAAACGCGAACUUAGAAAAUCCCCAUCCGGCGCAGACGAAGUACUUUUCUUUUCUUCCAACGGGCGCGCACCGGGUUCCGCAACAUUCACAAACCGUCCGAAUAACUAUGUUUUUACUCAAACAGAUAAAAAAACCCGAAAAACUUCAAAAAAAUGACACGAGCAGAAAAAUUUGCGUCCGACCUGCCACGCAACCUACUUCGAUCUCCUCUUUUUUAACGGAACUUUCAGAUGAGAAUUAAAUAUAACCCAACAAAAACUAAAUUUUUGUGUUUGAAUAAAAAUAAAAAGUGACUGUUUGUAUUGAAAUGACUAUUAUGCAGUUGAACUCUGAAAAUAUUAUAAUUUUAAAAUAUCUGAAAAUUUUAUUUAAAAUUUGAGUUACAAUUUUAAAAUAAAUUUUAAAAGAAAGAUGUUUUCAAAAUUUUUGAAUUUGAACACAAUUUGAUAGGCAUUUAACUGUUGGAAGAUUUCCAAAUAACUAUAUAAAAAUAUCUUAAAUACCAAAUAUUUCCGACAUUUUUAAAUUAUACAAAAGUACUCAAAUCUGAUUUAAAAACACAAGUACAAAGUUUCAUAGCAAUUUGUCCUUAAUAAUUUGUUUGACUUAGAAAGCCAAAAAUCAUCUUAUAAAAUACUACUGAAAACAGAUUUUUGAAAUUCCACCAAAUGUUUUACAGUAAAAUUUGUAAACAGUCCGUCUCGAUUAUCCGAAGGUUUGAACAAUAAAAAACAAUUCGUAUUUUUUUUUCUUACUUUUAACAUCAAAUUCGGGUUCAGCGACUUAAUUUUAGUCACUGUUGAGUGGUUGAUUGCCUAUUAAAUUUAAAAAUGCAUUUUUUCAAUAUUUCAUUUCAGCCAUUUUGGCCGCCAUCUUGGAUUUCAUAAUUCUAAAUCAUUUUAAAAUAGUUUAGGCUGGUACAAAUUUUAUUUAAAGUUUUUGUCUCCCUUCUUCAAAAUUGGCCCGAAAAAUCAGGGGGGAAAUUUUUUUUUU